AUGACUGAAGUCACGAAUCCACUCCGUAAGAAAGGCUGGGAGUGCACAUUUCCUGGAUGUAACUCUGGUCCAAAAACCAAAUACAAUUGUUACAGCCAUGUGUGGGAUAGUCACUUAAGACACUUAUCUGCAUGCCCGAUGUAUGGUGGGCAGAAGGGAGAGGUUUACAAAAAGUUGACGGAUCGUACAACAGCGAAAAGACAAUGUGAGGUGUAUAUGUUAGAAGUUUUUGAAUCUGAAGAGGACAAACACCCCGAAACAACACAGUUACAAACUACUGUUGUGCAAUCGUCUAAUGUCAUACCAAACGAUGUGGUGACUUUACCAACUGCACCUGAAAUACUUGACAACACUUUGAACGGACCGCAAACGACAAAUUAUAUCACUAACGCGAUGACUUAUAACCUUCCAUCAACGCAUUCACUCUCUCAACAAACUGGAAAUAAUGGGAGCAACGCCUUUCAACAAAACACUCCAAUCAACACACUCAAUACCACCUUUUUCCAAUCGAGCCCACGAGACACUUCAAGCAGCACAGCAUACAUGAAUUAUGUUUUAGACUCCGCAAACGAACAGGCAGAGAGUUUGCUGCAGUACAACGACUUUAUAUCGGUCAUUCAACUUUCUGCGGAUUUAAAGCGGCUCAGAGUUGCAGGACAGAUCUUUGCGGAGAACGGGUUUUUGCAGCGAUCGGAUGCGCGUGUCAAGGAGCAUAUUGUUCCCCUCCAAAAGUCAUUAGAAAAGGUUUUGCAAUUAACUGGAAAGUCGUACAAAUACAUUGGAUCAAACAAUGUUAAUAUGGGGUUUAUAGCUCAAGAAGUGAAAGAGAUCUUCCCUGAGUUGGUCCACGAAGAUGAAGACGGCCUUUCUGUUGAUGUCAUUGGAAUGGUCCCACUUUUAGUGGAGUCGUUGAAAGAGAUCCACACGGCAAUCUCUGCAAGUAAAAUCGAUAACGUUUCAAAAAUUGAGGAAUUGACAAAGGCGACCGACGAGGCGAUGGAAACGAUCACCAACGUGUAUGACGAAAUCAAGAAAUUUGACCAACUCCAAGAAGCUGAGAGUUUGUUGCAGUACAACUUUUCUAUGGGGCCAGCAAUAGUGACGCUGGUGUUUGCGGUGAUACUGACCAUGAUAUCGAUAUAUGUUGCUUUUGCACUUCCAAAACUGCCAGGGAUGUGGGUGUAUACGUGGACUGUUACGAUAUUGAUGUGGGCGAGUUGUUGGCGGAAACGGAAUGAAUUGACGCAAACGAUUAAAAGUCGAGAGGUAGUGUUGUAUUGGGAACAGGAGAAUUGGGUAUCGAACUACAUCUUUCUAUUUCUUGGGAUUUUAGCAUUAGGGAUGAGUGUGAUCAUGGGUAAUUCUAUCAUUGCACUGACUAUAGUAAUUGUCUCAGUGUUUCUUGCGAUAGGAUUUAUUGGACUUGUGCUGAACAAACGAUUCCAAAUGUCAUUUUGUGUGAUCUUCACCGUACUGGUGCUGUUUUUUGUUGUUGUUUGUGUGGUUGUUGGAGUACUUUUUAUCAUACAACCCGACUUUAGGUGCUCGAUACACCAUAACCAAGGAGAAACACUCUUGAAGGUUCAACUCAAUGAGAAGUCGCAACGGCUUGUUGUCAACGAAUUGCCAUGGAACUGCUGGUCGAGUUCAUUUGAAUUUAACGAAGCACUCCCGGACGGGUUUUAUGGGGUGACAAACUCGGACGAGUCUGAACCAUUUCUCGAGGGGACAACGUCGAGCAAUUUUCCGACAUCGACUGUCUCGGUGUAUCUGAAGUGUGUCGACUAUGUGAAGUUCUAUUGUGGGGAUGUGAAGUUUCAAACUUGUUCUGGAAGAAUUGAAAAAGAUGAUUGUAUAGGGAAUGGUUGUUUGUGGAAAGAAGGUGUUUGUAUCUGA